AUGUCUACGACAAUAACAUCCCUCCUCAACACCCUGCACACACAUCUCCAAUCUCAAACACAACUUCUCCCCACUCUUCACGCACAGCUUGGGCUACCACCGACUGCACUCACAGGCGAACUCGCGACGCUACAGCAGCAACUCACGGAAUGCAUCGACGGCCAGAUCGACCUCCGGCGGAAGCAGGUCGAUGAGUGGAUGGAACGAUGCAUCGAAGUUGAGAACCAGUGCAUACGAUAUGGAAACGCACUCGGUGGGCAUGUCAAGGCCACAGGCGGCAGUGUUGGAGAGAUCAGGAAGGAACAGGUGUUGCCGCGGCGGUUUGAGAUUAUCUCGGAGUACCAGGAGAAGUUACGACAGCUGUAUCAUACGAAGCUAGAACAACUCCUGACCCUCACCGGCCGACUCGGCGCUCUUGCAAGCACGCUGGGCCCCGACUUCUACGCUCAAGAUAUUUUCGAGCCAACACCUGCUUCGGGAGAGGACGAAUAUGACUCUUCGUCCCACCGAGAUGUCACGCCGGAACGAUUCUCGAGACUCGAGAAGGAGUUGGUCCGUGGCAAAGGCGAAGUCACGAAGCGACUAGCACUACUAUCAGCAACAAUGGUCCAGAUCGACUGGCUGUACACCGAGCUAGGGAUGUCGCCACCUGCUCUCGACGACCUCCCAUCAUCUUCGUCAUUAACUGUGCCUCCCUCCCACGUUCGACACCCUUUCCUCUCCACAUCGAUGUCCAUGUCGAUACAGAUGUCCACACCUACUCCCGCGACCCGUACGAAGCAAUGUGCGCCACUCUGUUGGCCUCAGUGCCGGAUGAGCCUCGAGAAGUGCCCGAGUCGGAGUACCAACGCAUCUUCGCCCGCUUCGUCGCCCGCGUGGAAGAGGCCUCGGAAGAAGCCUUGCAGGAUUCCACACGGCCCAUGUCGGACUGGAGGGCGUCGACCCGACACCGGGCCUAAUGGCUGGGCGGAGUCAAAACACAUUCAGGCGAUGUACGACCAACUCGAGGCGCUGUGGCGCAGGCUUGGCGUGCCGGACGCAGAUAUUGAUGGGUUCGUGGAGGCGCAGCGGGGAAGCACGGAUGCCACUCUGGAGCGGAUGCUCGAGCUCAAGCGCGAGCGAAUGGGCACUUUCGUGGAGAACGCCCGGGCGGAGAUCAUCAAGUUGUGGGACGAGCUCAUGGUGAGCGAAGAGGAACGGGCGGACUUUGCGCCCUUCGCAGAUGACGAGCACACGGAAGAGCUACUUGCGAUCCACGAAGAAGAGAUUCGGCGGCUGAAGGAGGAGCGGCGGCUUAAAGGCCCUCUCCUGGCUAGCAUUCGGAAAUACUUCGAUAUCUGUGAAGACGAGAAGGAACUGGCUGCGGCUGCCAGCGACCAGAGCCGGCUCCUUGGAAGAGGACCGCGCGAUCCGGGUCGCCUGCUUCGUGAAGAGAAGAUGCGGAAGCGCGUCAAUAAAGAGAAGCCAAGACUCGAGCAAGACCUCCUGGCGUCAAUACCUGCAUGGGAGGCGGAGACUGGACGCGCGUUCCUUGUCCACGGAGAAAGCAUGGUACAACUGCUCAUGGAGACCGUCGGUGCGAAUGACAAGGAGAACAACAAGCGGAGCAAGACACCCGGUGCCCGAGCCGGCUCAGUACCCCCUCGUUCCAAGACACCUUCGAACCCCCACAUCACUACAUGCCUGCGACGACGCACGAGCUCAGGGGUGGUGACGCCCGCAGUGCGUCCCGGGUCGAGCAUGGCCGCGUCCUCGCAGCCAAGCAAGCGCCCCCGUCUCGGCGAGUCAACUGCUGCUCAUACUAACGUGCCCGCUCACGGAGCACCGGCGUAUCUAGGGAGUAGCAAGGGCCCAGGUGCGCAGAGGCCGGGGUCGCCGUCGAAGAUCCCCGGCAGGACACCGUCUACUGCCAUCCCGACGUCGUCUCUUCCUCGUCCCGUACCCCUUGCGAUGCCGGUCCCGAAGCCUGGUACGGUGCACCAUGCACUCGGCCACGGACGGGUGCCUUCGGCGCAAGCUCAGAGUUCAUAUCAUCCCUAUCAGUCGUCGCACAACCAGACGCGCUCAACGUCGUCGACUAGUUCGACUGCUUACCGGAGUUAUGGUGCCCCGGCUCUGAGCUCGAACGUCCUUGCGAAGAAAGCCUCGAGAGCACGCCGGGAGAGUUUCAGGCCGAGACCGAGCAUGGAGAACGACUGGGCGGUAGGCGGCGGGAGAUGGGCCGGGUUCGCUGGCGCGGUGGUGAAGGAGGAGGAGGAUUAUUAG